AUGGUGCACGAAACUGGCUUCUACGACCUCCUGGGUGUCAGCCCCAAAGCCUCGAUGGACGAAAUAAAGAAAGCCUACAGGAAACUGGCGCUGAAAUACCACCCUGACAAGAACCCCAAUGAAGGCGAAAAGUUCAAGCUCAUCUCUCAAGCAUACGAGGUGCUGUCUGAUCCAAAGAAGAGGGACUUGUACGAUCAAGGAGGGGAACAAGCUAUCAAAGAGGGCGGCAUGAACUCGGGGUCUUCGCCGAUGGACAUAUUUGACAUGUUCUUCGGAGGCGGAGGCCGAAUGCAGAGAGAGAGACGAGGGAAGAACGUAGUCCACCAGCUAGGGGUCACGCUGGAAGAGAUGUACAACGGUUCGACGAGGAAGCUUGGGCUUCAGAAGAACGUCAUUUGUGAGAAAUGUGAUGGUUACGGCGGCAAAAAGGGGGCCUUGGAGAAGUGCUCCAACUGCAAAGGCAGAGGAGUACAGAUCAGGGUGCAGCAGCUGGGGCCGGGCAUGAUCCAGCAGAUCCAGAGCGUGUGUGCCGACUGCCAGGGGCAGGGCGAGAAAUUCAGCUCCAAGGACCGAUGCAAGAACUGCAACGGACACAAAGUGGAACGCAAGAAGAAAAUUCUUGAAGUUCACAUUGACAAAGGCAUGAAAGACGGGCAGAAAAUUACGUUUCACGGAGAGGGCGACCAGGAACCGGGACUAGAACCUGGAGAUGUCGUCAUCGUCCUGGACCAGAAGGAGCACCCGGUUUUCCAGAGGCAGGGCAACAACCUGAUAAUGAAGAUGGACAUCAAACUGGCCGAGGCCCUGUGUGGCUUCAGGAAGACCAUCCGGACGUUAGACGGCAGAACGCUCAUCGUCGGCACCAAGCCAGGGGAAGUAAUCAGGCACAACCACGUCAAAUGUGUGGAAAACGAGGGCAUGCCCAUCCACAGAGAUCCCUACGAGAGGGGAAUGCUCAUCAUUCAGUUCCAGGUGGAGUUCCCGGAGAACCACUGGCUCCCCGAGCAUCUCAUGUUCCAGCUGGAGAGACUCCUCCCUCCCCGAGACGACGUGAUGAUCACGGACGACAUGGAGGAGGUGGACCUCUGCGAAGUGGACCUGAACGCGCAGCAGAAGCGCCACCACGGAGAAGCCUACGAGGAGGAUGAGGAGGGUCCCAGAAGCGGCGUGCAAUGUCAGACGCAGUGAUUGUAGUUUGGGUUCUAGCUCCUGUUUUUAUCUUCGUUUCUUUCUUUUUUUUGGACCGUUUGACUCACUGCAGUUAUGGACUUAAAAGCACGAGUCGAACCAACACAGCUGCCAAUAUUUUUGUGUGUUUUUUUUUAAAUAUUUUUGAGACAAACGUGUACAUGGGGAAAGUGCUUUACAGACUGUAUGUUUGUGUAACUGUUGAUUCUGUAUUUAAGAUCUUUUUUUGUCUUCUUUUCUCUGUAUAUAUCCGUCAUCAACGGCACACAAGUUCUUUGCGUUCGGAAAGUGAAAGGACGGUUUGUAUGCUUUCUGUGAAGGUAACAUCAGUUCUAACACAUUCUGGUUCAUUUAAUAAACUACAGAAAUCUGGAAA